AUGUAACAUGCAGAUUUAAUGCUUUUAAAUACAUUUACAUGACUGUCAGUUAAAUAUAGUCUGCAAUAGAAAUAACACAUGAAUCUAAAAGGAACUUUCAAGAUUCCAAGAUGCAUGAAAAUGCAUUUAAUAAAGAAAAGGCAUUAGUCUGGGACAGCUGAGUUCAAAGCAUCUUCUCAUUUCAAAGGUCAUAUUUAGCUGUCCAUCAGGGCUGUUUUUCACUGUUGUUUGUGAUCUUUGGUCAUGUUUAACAAAACAUGCAAUGUUCAAUCUACAUGUGACACAAACCACCUACUCGCCAUAUGCAACACUACAAUAUCCAUGAGCUAAUCAAAACUACAUAAACAGCCCAAUUAAUUUAUUCCUCUAUUGUGGUUUAUGUGUGUUUAUUCUAUCAAAAGCUAAAUCUGGUCAAAGGAGUAAAAAGGCUAGUGAGGAAGAAAAAGUCUUUCAUGUGGUAAUAAGCCUUAGACAGCUGGAUCAAAUAUACCCCAUAACGAGUAUUACAUCUAGACCUUUGACCCUAAAGAGAGAGAGAGUGAAGGGUGGAUUUGCUUCAGUGCAAAUAUUAGGAUUAAUGAACGACAUAAUAGAGGGGGAAGCCUUGUGCUUAUUGUGUUCAAUGCAUUUGGUUUUCUAAUAUUCAAAAAUAUACUGUAGUGAUGGACAGGGGGAGGAGGAAAUGAUAGGUCAAUUACAUGCUCUUAAAUCUUAGAAAAGACUUAGUGUCAAGUGGAAGCGUGUGGUGGAUUUAUUAAACCAGACUGGACAUGUAUGUUUGGCCUUCAUUAAGAGAAUUCCUCAAGGAUUAUGGUGGACAUGUGAACCCCGCUGUUUCUCUGGCUAUGGUUGUCUUGGGGAAACUCCAAUUAAAGAAAUUUCCUGUCUAUGUGGCAGCCCAAUUUCUAGGUGCCUUUGCAGGGUCUUGUGCUGUCUAUUGUCUGUACUAUGAUGCCUUUGCAAAUUUUGCUGAUGGAAAACUAAUUGUAGUUGGUGAAAACGCCACAGCAGGUGUCUUCGCCUCAUAUCCACGUGAAGAUCUCUCAUUGUUAAAUGGAUUCAUUGAUCAGGUGAUUGGCACAGGUGCCCUGGUCCUCUGUAUUUUAGCCAUUGUUGAUAAGAAGAAUAUUGGGGCACCUAAAGGAAUGGAGCCACUGGUUAUUGGUCUGAGCAUCCUGGCUAUCGGAGUGUCCAUGGCGCUGAACUGUGGGUAUCCCAUCAACCCUGCCAGAGACUUGGGACCUCGGCUCUUCACUGCUAUGGCAGGAUGGGGACUAGAGGUGUUCAGCGCUGGAAAUGGCUGGUGGUGGGUUCCAGUGGUCGGGCCAAUGGUGGGCGGUGUGGCCGGGGCAGUGAUCUACUUCCUGAUGAUUGAGCUUCAUCACCCUGAGCUUGAGAAAAACCCUGAAGAUGACAACAGCAUCAAAGAUAAAUAUGAACUGAACACCGUGAACUAGAAAGAGAGGGUAUGAAUGGUCUCUUUUCCUUCACCAUAGACCUCAAACAAGAAGCACUGGUAUUUCUACACACUCUCCUGCUCUGUCUUUUCAUCUAGAUCUCUUUUCAGAGUCUUUUGCCAAUUCAGUUAAUGAAAAACCAAGCAGUUAUGAAAAACAGCAAGUGUUAACUCUAUAGUAAAGUUCCUAGACAAUUUUAAGUUGUCUUGAAAAAGCCUAGCCAGAAAGUUUGCAAAGGUUUUAAUAGCUUAAAGUUUGAAGGUUUUUAGUUUGAAGUAGUUUGAAAUGCUUAAUUUUAGUUUUAAAGAUUAAAGUUUGAAUUUUUUGAAGGCAAUACAGUCAAUCAGAAGAACAGAAAAAAAUACAGAUCAGUAGGGUACCUGGGGUGGUUUCUAGGGUGGUUGCUAGGAUACUCAAGGUGGUUGCUAGGGUGUUCCUGUGGUACCUGGGGUAGUUGCUAAGGUAUUGCUAUGUGGUUGCUAGAGUAUGUGGGGUGGUUGCUACCUGUUGUUACCUGGGUUGGUUGCUAAGGUGUUGCUAUGCGGUUGCUAGGGUACUCAGAGUGGUUGCUAGGGUGUUGCUAGGCUACCUUGGGUGGUUGCUAUGUGGUUGCUGUGGUACCCUGGGUGGUUAUUAAGGUGUUGUUAGGCAGCUGCUAGGCUACCUAGGUUGGUUGCAGAGGUGUUGCUAUAGAAACAUUAAUUCACCUCAACAUAUUCAUCCAAACCAGAAACAAUUUUACCAAGCUCCACUUGUUCCAAACCUGUGUGAGUUUCUUUCUUCUGUUGAGCACAAAAGGAGGUAUUUUGAAGAAUGUUGGUAACCAAACAGUUGACGGUAGCCAUUGACUUCCAUAAUAUUUGUUAUUGUUGACCAACAUCCUUUAAAAACAUUUUCUUUUGUGCUCAACAGAAGAAAGAAACUCGCGCUCAGGAAAUGAUGACAGAUUUUUCAUCUUUGGGUGAACUAUCCCUCGUUCUGACUGCACUGAUCUGACUUCACGACUAUAUCUGAGCUGAUUUAAUCAUUAUCACUGUCUGACCAUCAACAUCAGCUCACCGAGUCCACUGAGUUCAUGCACACAUACUCCCUCCGUUUCUACUAACUAGACUGUAGUGUGUUCAUCAGCCAACCCUUCUAUGAAACACUGCUACAUGCUGCAUGGGUUUAAUAUAUACAGUUGAUCAGAAUUUAGAAAAUUAUCAACAGCAUUUUCUUUAAGAAGAAUUAAGAUUUACAUUUGAAGGUGGGAAUCAGAAACAUUUGUAAUGAAUUAAAAGAGACUAGAAUUUAAAUCUUUAAUGACAUCUAUCAAGGAUGAAAUGACAAGAGCUUACACCCACACACACACACACACACACACACACACACUCACACACACACACACACACACACACACUGUUUCCAUGUUUCAUGGAUAUAUUCCAUAGAUGUAAUGAUUUUUAGAAUGUAUGAACUAUAUUUUCAAUCCCCUUACCCGAACCCUACCCCCACACAAAACUUUCUGCCUUUUUAGACUUUCAAAGAACUUUAUUCUGUAUGAUUUAUAAGCUGUUAAAAACUUGUUGUGAUUUUGUUCCUAUAUUCUAGAGAACACCACAAUAUCUAUAAUGUAGGACCAUAUACAAAUGCAGGCACAACUCUCUGUCAUGUUUACUGUUGUAAACUGUAAACAUGCUCUCUCUCUCUUUCUUUCUUUCUUUCUUUCUAUUUAUCUAAGGUGUUUCUAGUUGCUAGGGUACCCAGAGUGGUUUCUAGGGUGUUGCUAUGUGGUUGCUAGGGUACUCAGGGUGUUACUAGCAUGUUGUUGGCAUGAUUCGCAAGUUACCGGCAUGUCUCUAGCAUGAUUAGCAUGUUGGUAACAUGAUGAACAAGUUACUAGCAUGUUAUUAGCAUGUUU